AGUGUUGUUAUUUGCCAAAUUGACCAUAAUUGAAAAAAAGAAAAUUCAAACUCUCGUCUAUCAAUGGUGACGACGGAGGUUAGGACCGCCGUCUCCGAUAAGGAACCAUUGCCACCGUCUCCACAAUUAGACGGAUCUAGUGAUUUCCUCGACAACGAUAGAUUACAAGAAACUUUCUCCAGUGGAGCACUUGAUUUUGAUGAAUGGACUUUGUUAAUCUCCGAAAUUGAGACUUCGUUCCCCGAUGAUAUUGAGAAGUUAUGUUUAGUUUACGAUGCGUUUUUGUUGGAGUUUCCAUUGUGCCAUGGCUAUUGGAGGAAAUAUGCUUACCAUAAGAUAAAGUUAUGUACUUUAGAAGAUGCUGUUGAAGUUUUCGAACGAGCAGUUCAAGCAGCUACUUAUUCUGUAGCUGUAUGGCUCGACUAUUGCGCUUUCGCCGUUGCUGCUUAUGAAGAUCCUCAUGAUGUUAGUAGAUCAUUUGAGAGGGGGCUUUCAUUUGUUGGAAAAGAUUAUUCUUGCUGCAAUCUUUGGGAUAAAUAUUUAGAAUAUCUUUUGGGGCAGCAGCAAUGGAGUUCACUGGCUCAUGUAUAUCUCCGGACCCUGAGAUAUCCAUCCAAAAAGUUGGAUCUCUAUUACAAAAACUUCAGGAAGAUUGCAGCUUCUUUGAAGGAGAAGAUUAAAUGUAGAAUAGAUGUUAACGGAGACCUUUCUUCAGACCCCAUGGAAGAAGAUUUGGUCCCUAUACGUCACACUGAUGAGGAGAUCUCUAUUGUUGUAAGAGACUUGAUGGGUCCUUCCUCUAGCUCAGCUGUGUCAAAAGCACUGCAUGCAUAUUUGUCAAUUGGAGAACAGUUCUACCAAGACUCACGGCAGUUGAUGGAGAAAAUAAGCUGCUUUGAGACACAAAUCCGCAGGCCUUAUUUUCAUGUAAAUCCGUUGGACACUAAUCAGCUCGACAAUUGGCAUGCAUAUUUGAGCUUCGCCGAAACAUAUGGGGACUUUGACUGGGCUAUUAAUCUCUAUGAGAGAUGCUUAAUACCAUGCGCUAAUUACACCGAGUUCUGGUUCCGCUAUGUGGAUUUUGUAGAAAGCAAGGGUGGAAGAGAGCUAGCAAACUUUGCAUUGGCUCGAGCAUCACAAACUUUUGUCAAGAAUGCAUCUGUUAUCCAUCUAUUCAAUGCAAGAUUCAAGGAACACGUUGGAGAUGCAUCUGCUGCUUCAGUUGCUCUGUCUCGAUGUGGUGAGGAACUUGGUUUUGGUUUUGUUGAAAAUGUAACUAAGAAGGCUAACAUGGAAAAGCGCCUGGGUAAUUUUGCAGCUGCUGUUACUACGUACAGAGAAGCUCUGAAUAAAACGCUCAUUGGAAAAGAAAAUUUGGAAACCACCGCACUGCUGUAUGUUCAAUUUUCUCGCCUCAAGUACAUGAUUACAAAUAGUGCUGAUGAUGCAGCUCAGAUUCUGAUAGAAGGCAAUGAGAAAGUUCCUCACUGCAAAUUACUUCUUGAGGAACUUAUAAGACUCUUGAUGAUGCAUGGAGGGUCUCGACAAGUGGAUUUGUUAGAUCCUAUCAUAGAUAAAGAAAUAUCUCACCAGGCAGAUUCCUCCGAUGGUCUGAGCGCAGAGGACAAAGAAGAGAUAUCAAAUUUAUACAUGGAGUUUAUAGAUCUUUCUGGAACCAUCCAUGAUGUGAGGAAGGCUUUGGGUCGACACAUAAAAUUAUUCCCACAUUCUGCUAGAGCCAAGUUACAUGGGUCCCGUCCUUCAGGAAAAUCAUUUAGAGAGUUGAUUCAGAGAAGAGAGAAGACUCGUGAGUGCUUACAUCAGGACCUAUUAACAAACAAAGGCAUUAGCACAUUCGAUUCGUCACCAAAAGAAAAGAAAGAGUCAUCUCUAGACCCUGAUGGUGUCCAAUCUAAAGAUGCUGUUCGGGCUGACUAUGUAAACACUGAGCCUAAUCUGGGGUGUCUGGCUUCAGGACAUCUAGUUGAAGGAAAGGAUAAUGUUGCUGAGAGAGAGAAUUUGUGUGAGUCACAGAGUGAUCUGUCCAUGGGAUUAAAAGCAGAUGAAGGUGGUGAACGCCCUCGUGAAGUUAGCCUACCGAUCCAAGCCACACCAAAACAUGGUUUUGUCACGAAACAAGCUCACUUCUCGUCCAGUUCAGUUGAUACUGUGAAAUCAGAUGCUAUUGUGAUCCAACCUAGUGGCUCACAGAGUCCCCAAAGUUACCAAAGCCAAGAGUCUCUCAGGCAAACUGGUCGGAACAGGUACCCCAGAAGAGAUUUAAACCAGACUCAUAGAGAUUCGAAACCUCGUUCUCGAGAGAGACCUCCUCAGAUGUCGUAUUCUCCAGUCGGAACUGGUCGUGAAAUUCCCGGUCAGCACAUGGGUGUAGCUCCUCGAGACAAUCGAGCAGCGCUACAAAGCUCAAUCUCACAGAAUCCGCAAAACCAAUUUCACAACUCUGCACUUCAGAUGCAUCCUGUGGUUCAAACAUCCAAUGCUUAUCCUCAAACUCAGAUACUUGCUCAGCACAUGAUUGUAUCCCCUCCAGACUCACAGAAUCCGCAGAACCAAUAUCAAAACUCUACAUCUCAGGUUCAAACCUCCUUUGCCUAUCCUCAAACUCAGAUUCCUCCGAAUCCAGUGCAAAGUAACUACCAACAAGAAGGUCAGAUGCAGAGUCAUGAAGCUUAUAACCAGAUGUGGCAACAGUAUUAUUAUAGCUAUUAUUACUAUCAGCAACAGCAACAGCAACAGCUUAUGUCUGAACAGCCACAACCAAAUCAGAACCCUCAGCCACAACUAGAUCAGAAUCUUCUGCAACUUCUCUCCAAACAGUACCAAUCUCAAGCCAAUACUCAGUAUCCACAACCUCAACAGGUGAAGGAACAGCUCAAUACACAGCAACAGAGCCAAGAACCAGAAAAUCAGCAGCAAAUUCAGUUCCAGCAACAACAACAACAACAAGAGUGGUUCCAACAACAACAACAAUGGCAACAACAACAGUAUUUUCUCUGGCUUCAACAACAGCAGUUGCAAGGAGAAGCAAAAGGCGAUGAACAAAGACUCUCUAUGCCACAGCCACAGGUCUCCACAACAAACAGUGAUGUUCAAAAGAGUCAAGAAUCUGGAGCAGUCAAUGAUGCAAAUCUAUCUUCUGACACUUCCAUCAGGGACUUGGAAAGCAUGACAGCAGCUAUUACUCAUGCUUGCGACGGCGAUGAGAAACAGCAUCCUGGGCUGGAUACUUUUACUCGGGAUACUGAAACCAAUGAGCCUGCUGAAAUGCUUGUUGAAGACACUUCUCAAUCUCAGGGGUUUGCAUCUUCGGUCGAUGGUUCUGAAUCUGUCGAAAAAAUGGAAAAUGCUUGCAAUUACAUGUCGAACUCAGAUACAAUAUUUUCACCUGUUCUGAAUGAUGAACUGAAUGGAACUGAUCGAGUAUUUUCAGCAGGAAACUCUUUGCACUGGGAAACUCCUAGGUGGGGAGCCGACGAGAGCAGCAACAAGAUUUGCUUUGACAACCAAACGUGCAACGUUUCUGAUUUCUAUAUUUCCGACGUGCUUAUUGCGAGCUUGCCGUUUGAUGAGAGUGGAAACAAUGAUGCUUUCACUGAAAUAAGCCCCUUGCCUCAUUACAUCUUUCCUGAACAGUACAUGGUACUACCUUACUUAGAAGAUGGAUCAGCCAACACAGAUGAUAUUAAAUCAGACGUUGACAAGAUUAAUCUCGAUAACCAUGAAUUGUUUCUGGCAUUCAACCGGACAAGAUCACACAAUAUGGAACCAGAGGAUCAUGCUGAAUCUGAACUAGCUGAAGACUUUGAUCCUCAGCUUUUUAUAAAAAAUCAGCCAGAAUUGUCGGAUGUUGUAUCCAAUUAUUGGCCUCGGGAUACCCUAAGAAAGAAGUCUGUGACCCUUGUCCUUGAUUUGGAUGAAACUUUGGUCCAUUCGACUCUGGAAUCGUGUAAUGCUGCAGAUUUUUCCUUCAGAGUCUUUUUCAACAUGCAAGAAAACACGGUCUAUGUGAAACAGAGGCCACACCUUUACAGGUUCUUGGAGAGGGUGGUAGAAUUGUUUCAUGUCGUCAUCUUCACUGCAAGCCACAACAUCUAUGCUUCGCAACUUCUCGAUAUAUUGGACCCAGAGGGAAAGUUCAUAUCACAGCGUUUUUAUCGUGAUUCAUGCAUUCUUUUGGAUGGAAUUUACACCAAGGAUUUAACUGUACUGGGUCUUGAUCUGGCCAAAGUGGCUAUAAUUGACAACUGUCCGCAGGUGUACAGAUUGCAAAUAAAUAAUGGGAUCCCUAUCAAAAGUUGGUAUGAUGAUCCAGCUGAUGAUGGUUUGAUUUCUAUACUACCCUUCUUAGAGACUUUGGCUGUUGCUGAUGAUGUUCGGCCUAUCAUUGGCAGGAGAUUUGGUAACAAGGAAUAAGAGCUUCCUUCUCUUUUUUCUCUAUAUACAUCGAGUGCAGAUUCUGAUAUCUUUCCUUUUGAUUUUAGUCAUAAAUUGGCCCUUAAUUA